AUGGUGGCCACCCUAGGAGCGGCGACGCUGAUAUGCUCGUGGUCCUUCCCUCUCCCGCCCUCCCACCUUCCUCUGUCGCUGUCGUCAUCGUCCCACUUGUCUGCUCCUCUCUCCCGCUCCUCACUUGUUGCUGCUCGCUACCCUGUUUCCCUGUCGCGCCUUUCCGCCCCCCAGUCGUACCUCCUCACACCAGUCCAAUUGUCCUCCGCCGAUCACCACAGCACGGGCAUUCUCUCUUUGAGAUCACGAGUAGAUGGCCCCUUGAGCUCUGGAGCGUUCGGCGACCAAAGUUCGAGCAAAAGUCACGGAAGCUUUCUCAGACAGCGAUCUGUGCGAAGGAUCGGUGUUCAAGUAAGAUCCGGAGGGCCAUAUGUCGGAGAGAAGAUGGGAGAGAACGAGAUUCUGUUUGAUGAGGAAGAUUUGAAGAGGAUGAAGGUGCCUGAUCUCAAAGAGCUCUGCGGCAAGUAUGGCCUGUUGAAAACAGGGAAGAAGCAGGAGCUGAUCGACCGCCUGAUGGAGUAUCAGAUGGAGCUGAUGGAUUCGGACGGCGAUGGCCCAAUGGCUAAUGUAGGAAACGAUGACGACGAGGAUGCGGAGACGUUCUACUCGUCUGUCGGUGAAGGGGGCGGAGAGCAGGAGAAUGUUCUGAUGGGGGAAGAGGAGAUCAUGGCGCAGCAGCGGUCCAACAUAGCACGGGCAACAGGAAUGAUCGUGAAGACGAUGGGGAAGCUGGAGGAGGGGAGCGAGAGAUUCAUCACUCAGACUCGAACUGGUAACUGCUGGCAUGGACUGUUCUUUGAGAUCGAGGCGAAGAGCAAGGGAGUGACGAUCACUUCGAUCAACACUGCCAGCUCUCCUGAGCAUUUCGGUCCCAUCCGAGAGGACAAGAUGAAUGUCUGGUUCUACACGUGCGAAGGAAGCUGCAAAGACAAGGAAUUAGAUCCGAGUGCUUGGACGAUGAUAGGGCAAGUGACCGACGAGGAUGAUCACAUCAGACUUCGCGCUGGAUACCUGCCCAAGAACGACGCAAGUUACGAGGACACGAUGUUCAUGGAAGUAUACGAGCCGAAAAUGGCUAACGCAUUUGUCGGUGCGAUUGAGCACUUUAUACAGUACAAAGUCGCAGACUAG